AUGUGGACAACAGGUGAAGAAGUUACUUGGAGUUACUGGGCUAAAGGCCAGCCAAAAACUUGGCCUUUUACAAUCUCUUUUGAAGACUGUGCACAGAUGAGAAGAUCUGAAGGUUGGCGCUGGCAUGAUUACACCUGUAAUCUUGCCCUUUACCACUAUAAUUCUAUUUGCCAAUUUCCUCUGAAAGGUAGCAGUUGGGGAAAACCUGCUCCACAAUCAGCACCAAGUGAAGAAACAGUUAUUUCAGAAGGAAAUGUGCUUGGAAUUGUGAUCAGUCUUGCAGCUGCAGUUAUGAUUAUUAUGGCUCUCAUUAUGCUUUAUUAUAGACGCUGGUUAAAGAAGAAAUAUGUUGCCAAAGAACCAGCCGUUUUGUUUCAAAAUACUUCUUAUGCUCAAAUCCAUAAUGCUGCUGCUACUGCUGCUGAUGGAAGUACAAGCAGCACUUUAGCUGCUAAUAAUAGUUACUGGAAUACAAAUAAGAGAAAAAGAACAACAAAUGUUGAGGUGACUUCAUUGAAUGCAAAAGCUAAUAGUGACACUGAAGCUCCCAUAUCGACAAGGGCCCUCACCUUCUUGUCUCCAAGCAACACAUUACAGGUGAAGUCUGGUCCUUCCUUCAGCACACAGUACACCUGUGCCUUUCUCCUUCCCGCAUGUUCUCUCCCUUUCUUCCGUUUACUCGACAACCGAGACAUGGGGGCCGGCAACAGGAGUUCGCCUUUCUCUAGGGUCUCCAAUUUCUGUCUAGAGGCCCUCUUGGGUGACCCGAUCCUCCACAUUGCCAACACUUUCGCUCCUUACAACUGGCCGAAAGGUGCCCGACCACACCACAUUUCCAGCAUCUCAGAGGUCUUACUUGCACUGCCUCUUACUUUUUCACGGGGGACCCAUUGGCGUUUCUCGGAUCCUUUUCCUUCUCGGGGGGGAUGCACCAGCGUAUUAACUCGCUUUAUCCCCAGUUUACGGUCCCCCUUCGCCGUACACCAUCGAGCCUUGUGCCCGAACUCGCCACAAGUUGUACAGUUCGGCCCCCGAGAUCUUGGAUCGCCUCCAUAA